AGCCAUUGCAGCAGCUGGUGGAUCAUUUAACAGGCGUCCUGCUUCAGGUCUGAGUCCAGUCCCGUCCAACAUUCAGUCAUUUCUGCAGAGGCAAGGCAGCGGUCCACAGGAUGUCCAGGCUGCAGUGACUCUGGAGAAAAGAUGAGGGCUGAGGCAGACUGACAGGAAAACACUGAGACCUUCGUCCUCAGAUCAGCUUUUCUCACCUGAACCUGUGAAACAGCAGGCCCUCGCUGGUCCUAAAAUGGCUGCUGUCACCGUGUUGUUGCUGCUGGCAGUGACCGUCGUCUGUAGCGGGAAUCUGGUUGUGGUAAAUUCGGGCGUGGAGGUCGCCAGGGGUCGCUCCGUGUUCAUCACAGAGAAGGAGCUGAAGAUCAACGUGGAUCCGAGCGCUGACUGUAAGGUGGAGGUGGUGAUGAAUGAACCCGUCACUCAGAGAGUGGGGAGGCUGACUCCACAGGUGUUUGACUGCAGCUUCCUAGAGGACGAGGUAAAGUACGUCCACAAUGGCAGUCCUCUGCUGGAUGAGGACACAGUGAUGCUCAGAGUCUACAGGUUCACAUCCUCAGACACACUGGUGGAGACGGUGGUUCUGAUGGUGAGGGUAGUGGACUCGGGGUCCGGGGUGGUGGAGCUGGGCAGCGCUCCUCUGGUGGUUCCUCAGUUCUACGGUUUAUCCAACACGAUCAACAGCUCUGUGCUCCGCAUCACCACCACAGCAGAUCUGGUCUGCACCAUCAGACUGAUGAGCACCGACACUAACGUCCCCGCUCUGGGUCAGCUGGUGAGGGAGGAGGACUCCACACAGAGGAAGGGCAGAGAGACAGUGGCGCUCUGUCCGGGAAACAAACCCUGUCUUCACAACACCCACGAGGUUCGCUUCCUCAAAACCAGCUGCCAGGACUUCCUGAACUCGGGUCUGAAGUACCAGCACCUCAGCCCUCCAUCACCAGAAAUUGACUACAUCCCCAUCAGGGUGGAGCUGAGGGAGCAGACCACCAGAGCCCUGCUGGAGACAGAGGCAGUAUGGUUGCCGGUUUUGAUCCACGGUGCUAUGCAGAACCAGCCCCCCAAGGCCGCCUUCAUGGCCUCCUUCAUCCUGGAGGUGGACCAGUUCAUCCUCACGCCUUUCACCACUGCAGCCCUGGAUGCCAAAGACCAUGAGACGUUGCAGGAGAGGCUGGUUUUCAACGUGACUGUUCCGCCCGCCGAGGGCUACAUCACACACCUGGACGACCACACCAAGCCUAUCGGGUCCUUCACCUGGCUGGACCUCCACGAGAUGAAAGUGGCCUACCAGCCGCCUAACAGCAGCCAGUCACACCGCAGAAACUAUGAGGUGGAGUUCCAGGCUAUAGAUGGUUCUUAUAUGACCAGCCCACCCAUCAUGGUCCACAUCUCCAUCAGGGCUGCCGAAACAAACGCACCCAGAGUCUCCUGGAACAUGGGUCUGGACCUGUUGGAGGGUCAGUCCAGACCAAUCACCUGGGAGGAGCUGCAGAUAGUCGACAAUGACAACAUCGAUGCUGUCUACCUGGUGGCUGUGGAUGGACCUCUACACGGUCGUCUCAGUGUCAGAGGCGGGAAGGCGUUCAUGUUCCGUGUGCGGGACCUGAGGGAAGGGGUGGUCGUCUACCAUCACUCUGACAGCGACACCACCCGGGACCACAUCGUCUUCCGCAUCAGCGACGGCCGUCACAGCAUACGCCACAAGUUCCCCAUCAACAUCCUGCCUAAGGACGACUCUCCGCCUUUCCUUAUCAACAACGUGGCGGUGGAGGUGCAGGAGGGAGGGUCUGUGAGGCUGGAGGAGUAUAUGCUGUUCGCCUCCGACCUGGACUCCAGCGAUGACUACAUCCUCUACCAGAUAGUCUCCUCCCCUCGGGCCGGGCAGCUGGUCAGGAAGACCUCCACUCAGGAGACAGGCGUUCCAGUGGACAGUUUCCUGCAGAGAGAUCUGAUCCAGGGUCAGAUCUACUACCAGCACUCAGGAGAGGAGCAGUUUGAGGACUCCUUCGACUUCACGCUGUCUGACAGCCACCAGCCGCCCAACCUCUCCCAGACAUAUACCGUGGUGGUCCAUGUUUUCCCGGUGAACGACCAGCUGCCGGUGGAGGUUUCGGGUAGCGUUCGCUCUCUGACAGUGAAGGAGACAGAGGUGGUUUACAUCACUCAGUCUCAGCUCCACUUCACAGACAGAGAACAUCCAGGCACUGAUCUGACCUACGUCAUCACGCAGCCCUGCUUCAGCCCACUCCAUCCUGGGCUGAUGGACGCAGGACGUGUGUUCUACACAGACACCACCAACGCCAUGAAGAAAGACCACAUGGUGCCGGUGUUGAAGUCCUUCACUCAGCAUGCAGUGAACCACAUGAAAGUGGCCUUUAUGCCUCCUGUGGAGGACAUUGGCCCAGUGCCGCUGUUCGUCCAGUUCGUCUUCUCCGUCAGCGACCACCACGGUGGCACCGUCUCCGGCCUUGUCUUCAACAUCACUGUCACCCCUGUGGACAACCAGGCACCAGAGGCCUUCACCAACCUGCUGCGGGUGGAGGAGGGUGGAUGGGCCUUUAUGACAGAGGAGCACCUCCUGGUCCAGGAUCGGGACAGCCGGGAGGAAGCUCUGAGGGUGGAGGUUCAGAGGACGGCACGUCACGGUCGACUGGAGCUACAGGGCCAAACACUGCUGCAGGGAGACAUGUUCACCCUGCAGGACCUGAGAGGACUUCGACUCAGGUACAUCCAUGAUGAUUCUGAGACCACUGAGGAUGAAGUCGCUCUGAGGGUGACCGACGGUCUGAAUUCAGCUGAUGUGGUCUUGCCAAUACAGAUCCUGCCAAUGAACGAUGAGCCUCCCCAGCUGGGUGGAGGUUUGCGGGGGGAGCUUAGCUGUGAGGAGGGGAGUCGGGUCCAGGUGACAGUGGACUACCUGUCGGCUACGGACCGGGACAGCGAUGACUCCAGACUGACCUACAUGUUGGCCCGGAGUCCAGGUAGAGGGGAGCUGCAGAGAGCUGGACUGACUGUGGACAAGUUCUCCCAGCAGGACCUGCUCCAGGGACACAUCUACUAUGUCCACACAGGAGGAGAGAUUGGACCUGAGCCGGUGUUUGACACCAUCACCCUCAUCAUCUCUGACGGCGAAGCUGGAGGAACUGAGAUCUGUUGCCACGGAGAUGCCCUACCCCCGCCAGUCCCCCUCCAUGGUACACUUCCUGUGUACGACCUCAACAUCACCGUUCUUCCUGUCAACAACAAAGUCCCCACCAUCACUCUGGGUGAGUCCCUGUUGGUGGUGGAUGAGGGCUCCUCAGCCUGUUUGUGUGGCGGGGUCCUGGGAGCCUCAGACCCUGACAGCCCCCCUGACCAGCUGACCUUUCACCUGGAGACUCCGCCUCUGCACGGCUUUCUGGAAAACACGCUGCCAACGCCUGGGUCUGAGAAGAGCAACGCAGGAAUCCAAGUCGAAUCCUUCAGCCUCAUUCACCUGACCUCUGGCUUCAUCAACUACGUCCAAUCAGAGCACAAAGGGGCGGAACCAACUGUCGACCAGCUGUCCGUUAGUGUGAGUGACGGGCUGCACCGCUCUGCCCCCAUCCCCUUCUACAUCAUCAUCAAUCCCACCAAUGACGAGACGCCUUCUCUACUGCUCGCCAACUUCACCGUGAAGGAGGGCGGGAUCAGGGAGCUGACUCCGUCCAUUCUGAACGGUUUGGACCUGGACGCCCCUCCGGACCUCCUCACCUUCACGGUGCUGCAGCCACCGGCACACGGUCGCCUGAUCAACGGCAUCUAUGGCACAGAGAUGAGCCGUUACAAAGAGAUGGGGGCUGACCUCCUGCAGAGGAGCCUCCCCGUCACCUCCUUCACCCUGCAGGAGCUCCGGCAAGGCAUGAAGAUCGUGUACAUGCACGAUGACACAGAAACCCUGAAGGACGCCGUGGCUCUGCAGCUGACAGAUGGCGUCCACACAGUCCAGGGGACAGCUCAGGUCACUGUGAUGCCGGUCAACGACGAGAAGCCACGACUGCUCAAAAAUGCUGGGUUGGAGGUGGACUCUGGUGAGCAAAGGGUGAUUUCCAGUGUGGCUCUGGAGGCCGAGGACGUGGACACUGCCGCAAACCAGGUGUUCUACUUCAUCAAUGCUACACCACGAUUUGGAAAACUGCUACUCAAGACGGAGUCGAGUUGGACCGAGCUGUUGUCCGGUCAGAACUUCACUCAGGACGACGUGGAGAUGAACCGUCUGUGGUACAAACACAACAUCGCCGCCGCCACCUCUGCCUUCAAAGGCCACGACAGCUUCCGGUUCACCCUGAGCGACCUGGACAACGAGUCUCCAGCUCAGACCUUCUUCAUCUCCAUCCACACUGUGCUGAAAGGUGACAUAGUGCUGCUGAGCAAGGCAGUGCAUCUGAGGGAGGGGCAGCGGGUCGUCCUGAACACCGACGUCCUGCUGGCGUCAGACUCAGCGAGUCGUCCGGAGGAGCUGAUCUACACGGUGUCAGUCCCACCUCGACGCGGCCUCGUCCACGCCGUCCAGCAGCCCGGAGUCCCGCUGACCAGCUUCACGCAGCUGGACGUUGCCGCACACCGAGUGUGUUACACGCAUGACAACAGCCACGAAGCCGAGUCCGACUCCUUCAGUUUUGUCGUCACCAACGGCGUCUCAUCCCGCAGCGGCACCCUCCACUUCACCAUUGAACAUGACGACCGCAUCCCCCCUACCCUCAACCACAACGCUGGCCUCCAGCUGCAGGAUGGAGCUACAGAGACCAUCGGCCCCGACCAGCUGCAGCUCACCGACCCGGACACCGCCGCAGCCAACCUGAGCUACAUCAUCACACAGACACCACGCUAUGGUAAACUGCUGCUGAGAGGAGUCCCACUGAUGCCUCCGCUGAAGUUCACCCAGAAGGAUGUGGAUGAGCUAAACCUGGCUUACCGACACGACCCGGGCAGCCCGGCGGAGAUCGACAGGUUCUACUUCCUGCCAACUGACGGAAACAACCGAGGAUACCUGGAGUUUGGACAGCUGAGAGAGGAGCCUGCUGUGUUUAACAUACAGGUGGAUUUGGUGGACAGGAUGCCUCCCAGUCUGACCACCAGACAGAGUCCCAGCACCGUGGUGGAUCUGGGCGGCCAGCGUUACGGCAUCUUCAUCACCAGCAAACACCUGCAGGCCUCCGACCCCGACAGCCCCACAGACGAGCUGGAGUUCUCCAUCACCAGACCUCCACACUUCGGCUACCUGGAGAAUGCACUCACAGGAGCCUACAUCAAAGGUCGUUUCACCCAGCGGGACUUGGACCAGCGUGCUGUGGUGUUCGCCCUCCCAGCCGACAUGGAGGUGACGGCCGACAGCUUCCAGUUCCGCGUCACAGAUCCGGCAGGAAACACAAUGCUGCCUGAAAUACUGGAACUGUCGUGGUCUCGGGUGGAGUUAUCUGCAACCUGCUACAGAACCUGUGAGACAGCAGGGACUCUUCAGAUCCAGAUCCAGCGAAGCGGGAGGAGCAUUGACCCAGCCUACGUUGCUAUCCAGGUGGAGGAAGGAUCCGCCAAACCCGGCAGAGAUUUCACUCACAGCACAGCCAGUCUGAUCCAGUUUGACCCAGGAGUUAAUUUGAAAACGUGGAACAUUCACCUGAUAGAUGACGGUCUGGAGGAAAACCACGAGACAUUUACUGUCACUCUAAAAAACCCGAAGAACGCCGUCCUGGGACAGAGGACCUCUGCUAGUGUUGAGAUCAUUGACCCCAGAGGAGGAAGGUGUGACCCAGAGGACCUGGUAGAGAAGGACAAGAAGCAACUCCCCCCACCUCCUCGCCUCCCUGACCCUCCCAGACCUGAGGAGGAAGACACCGUCACCGACAUUGAGGCCGAGCUGCUUUGGGAGAACCAGCCUCAUCCUCCCAGAGGAGACGUCCCAAACCGCCGGCCCUAUCUGGACUACGGGGAGGGGGAACCACAGGACCAGGCAGCCCCCAGCUACAGCAACAUCCACUACCACAGCAGGCAGCUCCCAAGGACAAGCACUGGGAACACUGGGAGUACAGGACACAGAGUGAGACAUGGAGGACUAAAGGUCCAUCUGUCAGGACAGAGGAAGCCUGAGGACAAAGUCUGGACUUUCCACAGUCUGACUCCUCUCCGACUGGAGGAGCUGACACCGGGUGAUGCUGGGUGGAGCUGGUCACCUCACAGUCACCACCAGCAGGAGUUUCGAGUCGAAGAUGCUCCUCAGAUGGAUCAUUCAGCACAGAGACACUACCCAGAGCUACAUCAGCACAAGACCGGGAAGUCUGUCAGCAGCUCAUGUCCUGACGGCUGGACUCACUACAGGAGACGCUGUUACAUCCUCAGCUGGUCUGUGGCCAGCUGGGCCAGCGCAGAGAGAACCUGCUCACUGCUGUAUAACAGCAGCCUGACCAGUGUGCGGUCCAGAAGAGACAUGACCUGGCUGUGGAAGUUUGCAGGGAAGAAGCCAUUUUGGAUCGGUCUGUCUGGAGGUCCAGGUCGCUGGAUGUGGUCUGACGGUCGGUCAGUGACCUUCUCCAAACUGAGGGGGGCGCUGCCAGACCACAGUGGGUCUAACGACAGCUUAGACUGUGUGCUGGUUGAAAACCCCAAAAGCUGGAUUUCCACAAGCUGCUCUGCUGAAAUUCAGCAUACAUUCAUCUGUUCAUCGGCGGCUCACAGUCACUGAGAGACAUUCAGCACAUUCACUGCUAUCAGCCCCAAAAUAAGGAGCCGUGGGAACUGUCUUUAAGUCAUAUUUAAUGUUAUGAUGCUGCUCUGUACAUUAGUUUUCAUAUUUUUGUCAUAUUAAAGAUGGCUGCGCAAACCAAAA